AUGUUAUAUGACAUGAUCAAUCUAUGGACAUGUGGGCGUGACCGCAUGAUUAAGGAGUUACAAAGAAAAUAUGCUAACAUCACAACAAAGGUCUUAAAGCUCUUCAACUCACUGUGUGAGGAAUGUCAAAAGAAACGGAAAAGAUCAAUGACCAAGGGUGUUGUGGUGCGUCCUAUCCUCAGCAAGGAAUUUGCAUCUAGGGGCCAGGUUGAUUUGACUGGCAUGCAGUCAGUGCCACACUCCAACUUUAAAUGGAUCAUGGUGUACCAAGACCAUCUCACCAAAUUCUGCAUUCUUUGUCCUCUUCAAACCAAACGUGCUGCAGAGAUUGCCUUCCAGCUUGUAGAUAUCUUCCAUCUCAUGGGUGCCCCUGCUGUUCUUCAAAGUGAUAAUGGCUCAGAGUUCACAUCCAGGGUGAUUACCGAGUUAAAACAAAUAUGGCCAAGUCUCACCAUGGUUCAUGGGAAGCCCCGUCAUCCACAAAGUCAGGGUUCUGUGGAACGUGCGAAUGGUGACAUUAAGGAUAUGUUAGUUACCUGGCUUGCAGGCAAUAAUUCACAUGACUGGUCAGUUGGUAUCAAGUUUGUUCAGUUUCAGAAAAAUGCUGCUCACCAUUCAGGGAUAAAGUGCUCUCCAUACUCUGCUAUGUUUAGUUGUGAAGCUAGAGUUGGCCUGACUUCUUCACUUCUACCCUCAAAAGUUGUCUCAAGGUUGGAGAGUGAAGAUGAUCUCACAGCAGUUAUGCCAGGAGAUGAUACAACAACAGGUUCUGCUGGUUCAUUUUUGGAAGGGGCUACCAAAGUUCCCAUCCCUAAACCAAAGACCCAAAAGUACCGCCCCACUUCCCCUACUGUCGGGCCAAGACGGCCGGAGGAGGAUGAACCCUCCAAGGGAAAAGGGCCCCCCAAUGAACCCUAA